UUGAGAACAGACGUGUUUUAUGAUUCUGACAUUCUUGUGGCUUGUUGCACUCUAUCUGGAACGAAGACGAUGGCAUCGGGAUAUUCGAGCGACAUUAGUAGCAGCAGCAGCAGCAACAGAGACGAAGACGACGUCUUGAUCUGCAAGUGUUCCGAAAGUCACACAAUUUACUGUAAUAGAAAUAGAAAAGAGGAGAUCAUGGAUCGAAGUGAAGAGAAUGAUGAUGGUAAAGAUGGCGAAAUAAAAGAACCUACAGAUCGAGCGGGUGCUACCCGUGAACUCCAAACAGAUGUUGACUAUGAAGAUGGUGAAAUUAAAGAACCCACAGAUCAAACAGACGCUGCCCAAGAAUAUAGAGCCAAUGACUAUGAAGAAGACUACUGUUCGAGACAUUAUCUGUUUUGUCAUCGACCCGAAAUGAAAGAAUUCUAUACACGUAUGCAGACAUUUGGGUGGUGGCCCAUACAGUUACGUCAAAAACCGAGGGGACUUGCCAAGGCAGGUUUCUAUUACACGGGGGAUCACGAUGCCGUCGUCUGUUACUGUUGUGGAUUACGCGCCUACCGAUGGCAGAGAAUGGAUGAUCCAGUGAUGGAACAUUACAGACUGUCCCCGAGAUGUCCCUAUGUGAAUAACGUAUUCAGACAUUAGAGUUUAUUUCAUGAUGUAAUAACCAUGUAUGUUUGGCAUUUUGUGUACUACAUUUUUGUUGUUUAGUAAUAAAAUUUUGUUUUGUAUUUUUUGAAUCCGUUGUUUAUAAAUAGCAUGACAUUUAUGACCUAUCAGUCAG